AUGGCAGCAAGGGCGCAGUCACCCUUGCGGCAGACCUCCCGAAGGGUAUGUGGCGUGGAGGGCCGUAAGCCGCCACUAUCUACUCUACCGUAUAUAGUCCUAUUUUCCCGUCCUUUAAGUCUAGCUAUUUGGUUACUAUGCGUUUUGUUCAUCUUUAAUUCCCGCUAG